CAAGUAAGCACCUAUGCACCAUCAUGGUGUUUCAUUCCCUGGAACUGAUUAAUUUCCAGAUCAGAUUUAUUAUAAAUUUCCCCUAGUUCCAUUGUUUCAUGAUGCAUGAUCAUUCAUACAUAGGUGUAGUUGUUGAUAAAUGAAUGUCAAUCUUCAUAUUUUUGCAUUCAUUAAUGCGUUAUGUCAGUUAUUUACAUGUAAUUUGAGAAAAUAAAAUAUUUGCUUCAAACAUUUGUAUCAGGUGCUUUAGGAAUAUUAACCCACGUAAUGAGUAUCGCAUGUUGAUACUCCAAAUGAUUAGUAAUUUGCAAGGUUGUUAAUUUCAGUUAUUAUUUCCAAGUGCUCAUUAUAUCUUGAUUUUGAUUGAAAAAUGUAACUGGUCAGUGUCAGGAAAGAAAUUUAAUUAUAGAGUAUUUCAGUUGAGUUCAGACAUGUGUUUAAAAUAUUUACUUGGUCCAGCUUAUGGUAGGCCUAUAGACAAUUGUAUAUGUACAUAUGUUUUGAAUGUUUCAAAAGCAAGCGUUGGGAACGUUUGAUACCCCCCCCCUAGAGUCCAAGAUCAGGUGGAUGUCAUAUUUUGUUCAAGUGUUAGACAUAUUUCGUACUAGCUAAGCAUCUUCAUACAGGUGUCAUAAAUAGUUAAUACUGUGCUUUAGCAUUGAAGAAUGUAGAUGUACAGAUGCACAGGAAGUCUUUUUGUUAUUAAGAAUGUGUUGCUUUAUGCACUCAUCUGCUAUAAAAAUUCUUUGAAUUAAGUUAUAGAAAUUUUACAGUUAUUCCUAGUAACGGUAGGGUAUAUUAGGAGGUUAGUUUCAAUAAUUCAAGGAGAACCACCUAAGCUAGAAUAGACUACAGACAUUCGUAUAGGCAGUCUAAGUUAUAACUGAAGGGACUACGUCGGUGACGAGAUAACGACCCCAGCUGCCACCGGUUCUCCACCGACAUGUUUUCGUCAAAACUCAUGUCAUCAUUGGGGGCUCGAUCUCGUCCACUAAUUCGUUGAAGCCACAUCUCUGAUCUGGGGGUUACUCAUCAAAGGGGCAACACAGUCUGCGGAGGCCGAGGCCGAGUGGAAGAGACAUCGCUAGCUGCGGAGGCCAGGAACUGGACCGACCACCAGGGCCGAGUGGGGCAUGUCAGGCCAGAUGAGACGAUGGGGGCUAGAGUCAACGAUUACCGUUAAGUUAAGUUGUAUUUUGUUUUAUCCAUGUACAUUUUCAUGUACAAAUUAUUGUAAAACCAUCAAAAGAGAACAUCAGAAAGAUUGAAGAGAUAUGAUUAAAUCUUUUUAAUAACUGUAUUUAUCAGUUUCACGUAUUCUUUUUUGGUGUCAAGCAGCAGUAAGUAAAUAAUUAAAAAAAAGUCACUUCCCACGUGACAAUUUGGAGGUCCCACCGAGACACUGCUGCUUGAAAUAAUUCAAAAUUAUUUAGGAAAGAAAUUAAUCUGUGGUCAUCUUUCCAAAUGGAUACUUUAUUGAUGGUCUAUUGGUAAUAGCUCUUAAAAAGUAUUUCUCCCCAAGGUGUGCAUUGAAGCCUUGGUACUAAUCAUACUUGCUAUGCUUGAAUUUACAUUUGGAUAGUACGAUGAAUUAUUGUGGGAAAUUUUCAGUGAGAAAAUAUACUUCAUACCUUUUUUCGGCCGGGUAAACAGCAUUUAGGGAAAGCAGGCCCUGUUUUAAUGCUAUGGUAUAUAGUGGGCUGUUGGUCGUUAGGAUAAAGGAUAUGUCGGGAAGAACUGUUUGUUCUUAAUUCACAUAAUUACUGUCUAUUCUUACGGGUAACUCGUUGGCAGGGUAGCAAGUAUUGUAUGUUACAGACUGUGAAUUUGUAUGUGUGAAGUGGGCUUUGUUGUUCGCAUGGUUGAAUAAUUGUAUGCUCGUGGAGAUACGAUUUCUAGUGCGGUGCUUGUACUAGGGUUCGGCAUUUGGUUGCCAGGUUAAAGCUAUUGUUGCUUUGUUUUGCGGACGCCUUUCACAAUUCAAGUCUGGUUGCUAGGUUUUUGGAAUUCAUUCAAUAUGGCUAGCAUAGAGAAAAUGAAGGAGUUUUCUACUUUAGGUAGGGAGAUGGGACUUAGUGGUGGCGAAUUGAGUAGUUUUGUCACAGAUUCGAUGGAACGUGAACGAGAACGUGAAAAGGAAGUUCAUGAAUUGCGCUUGGCCCAAAUUAAAAUUGAACAGGCAAAAUUAGAGGAACGCCCUCUUGAGUUCAGUGGGAUUAAGUUGAAGGUAGGAAAGUUUGACGAAUCAACUGACAGUUUUGAUUCUUACAUAACAAAGUUUGAAUUGUUAAUGGAUAGUCAGAACGUACCAAAACAAGUUAGGUGCUUGCAUUUAAUUUCAAAUCUGACUGGAAAAUCGCUGGAUGUAGUGAAUAGAAUGAAUAGCACUGAUCGCACCGAUUAUGAUAGGGUAAAGCGUGAGCUUAUGGAAUAUUUCCAUCUUACUGAGAAUGGUUAUAGAAAGAAAUUCAGGUCGGUAAGACCAAAUAGGGAAGAGCGCCCAAAACAGUUUGCUGUUCGGAUGAAAGGAUACUUUGAUAAGUGGUUGGAUUUGUCUGGUGUUGGUGAUUACGAUUCCCUGGUCGAUUUGGUUGUUAGGGAGCAAUUUUUGGAUUGUUGUCCCAGAGAGGUAGUUGGAUUCUUGAAGGAAAGGAAUUGUGGGAAGUUACAUGAGAUGGUUGAAUGUGCUGAGAUAUAUGUGCAUGCGCAUGGAUUGCAUACUUUCAUUGGUCAUAGAAAUGAUAAAUUCAAUCCUAAGAAUCAGAACCAAAGACAGAAUCAAAAUCAGAAACAGAAAUUAAGUCAGAUCCAUAACACUAAAUCAGUAUUAGGUCCACAGGCAGAUAGGAAGCCCAAGUAUGCUAGUUCAACGAAAAAUAGCACAAAACCUAGCUAUGGUAAUAGCGGUACAAAGAAUGGAUGUUAUAUGUGUGGUAGUCCGAAUCAUUUGAAAUGGAAUUGUCCAAUGAAGCCCAUAGUUCAUUCAGCUCAGGCUAUGAGUGUGGAGGACACUCCACUGGAUAGUGUUAGGUCAGAAAAUUCGGGUUUACAUUUGAAUAGGAAUGAGAAUUUUAUGUCAAUAGGAACUUUGCGUUCAGACGAUAGGGCUAGUAGUCAGUCAAAAUCCACUGGAUUUGUUGAAAGUUCAGCUGGAUGUGUUCUCAUAGGCAAUCCAAUGAUUACAGUUCCGUCAGAAAGUGAGAGUGUUGAAACGCUUGGUAUGGCAUACGAUGAGGUUGGUGCAAUGAUUGAUGAUAUGCCAGUUGUUUCGGGUAGGUUGUUACCCAAGAACAAGCCUGUUUCCGUGCUGAAGGAUUCUGGGAGUAGUACAAGUGUAGUGAGAACGAGUUUAGUAUUAGACAAUCAGUUCACGGGAGUGAUUCAGUUAGUUAGGCUGAUAGAUGGUACUCUGAGACGUUUUCCUAGGGCAAAUAUCAUGCUAGAUAGUCCCUAUUUCAUUGGAGAAAUCAAUGCCUUGUGUAUGCCCAAUUGUUUGUGUGACGUCAUUAUUGGCAAUGAUGUGAAGGGGGCACGUGAGCCCAAGGAUCCUGACCUGCAAUGGGUGCCUAGUAUAGUUCAAAAGGCGAAUAGUUCCGAUGUUGAUGAUCGGGUAUCCGAAGUUGAUAUGCAAAGUUCGGAAGUUGUGUCGAGUUCGGAAGAUAAUGUUCAGGUUUCCAAAAUGGAUGAGUCUGUUACGAAAGUGGAUGAGGUUUUGGAUGAUGUGCCUUCAUGUGUGGAUGAGGCGAUGGCUGUUGAAACUAGAGCACAAAAGCAAAGUCAAUCUAAACCUAAACAAGAUUUGAAAGUAAGAGACUCGGGAGUAAAAGUGAAGUCGGAGGACUUUUUGCGAGAGCAAAAGGAUGAUUUGUCACUUAAGCCUUUGUGGAACAAGGUGAAUGAUAUCGAGACUAAAUCGAGAUUCUUGUUCAUGUCAGAGAAGAAUUGUCUUUAUCGACAAGAAAGGGAUAUGAGAAAUCCAAGUGUUGGUGUUGGUCCCAAGUUAGUGGUUGUUCCAAAGACACACAGGUCUGAGAUUAUGCGAAUUGCCCAUGAUUCAUUGUUUGGUGGACAUCUCGGCAUUAACAAUACAUUGUCAAAGGUUAAAGCCCAGUUUUAUUGGCCAAGUAUGUAUGAGGAUGUUGCCAAUUUCUGCCGAUCAUGUGACGUGUGUCAGAAGACUGUUAGUAAAGGGAGAGUCCCCAAAACGACUCUCGGUAAGUUACCGAUAGUUGGCGUCCCAUUUCAACGAAUUGCGAUAGAUUUAAUGGGUCCAUUCAUUCCAUCUGCAAGAGGACAUACUCACAUCUUAACGAUAGUAGAUUAUGCGACUAGAUAUGUAGAAGCUAUACCAUUGAAAUCAAUAUCGACUGUAGAUGUAGCUGAGGCAUUAGUCACUGUGUAUAGUAGGGUAGGUGUUCCUUGUGAAGUGAUGUCAGACUUAGGUACACAAUUUGUAUCUGAUUUAAUGAGGAAGGUGUCACAGUUGUUAUCAGUCAAACAAAUAACAAGCUCUAGAUACCAUCCGAUGUGUAAUGGCCUUGUAGAGAGGUACAAUGGAGUAAUUAAGACAGCUUUGAGGCGUCUUUGUUCUGAGGAGCCACGUCAGUGGGACAGGUACUUACCUGCUUUGUUGUUUGCUCUGCGAGAAGCACCCAGUUCGAGCCUGGGGUUUUCUCCAUUUGAAUUACUCUAUGGUAGACAUGUGAGAGGUCCAAUGGAUAUUUUGAGAGAAUUAUGGACGAAUGAGAGUAUUGACGCAGAGUUAGGUAUCCUUGGAUCUUCGAAGCUAAUCACAAUCGCAACUCAAUUACAAUUCGCGAUUAGAAAUUAGAAUAGGGAUUUACGUUAGUAGGGCUUACCUGUGAAUUUAGUUAGAAUAGGGAAACUUAUAGGUCAUUUAGUUUAGGAAGUUAGGAAAUAAGAUUGUAAAAUUAUAUUUUUGUUGUACUUUAUAUAAAAUAUGUAUGCAAUGAAAACAAAACGGAAAGAGUCGCUUGUUCGUAAGAAGUCUUAAACAAAAAAAAUCUUAAAGAGUUGUUGAUAUUCUAAAACAGGCACUUUCAUUGUACAAAAUACAUAUUUAUGUGUUAGAAUAUGCUGUAUUCGUACAAGUGCUAUUCAAAUUCGUUUAAUGAAAAUAUUGCGAAUCAGUAACUGUGUUUGAAAUAUAAAAUUUGUUUCUUUAAUCGAUUAUUUAAAAAAAAUAAAAUUAAGCAAGAACAUAACGUUGAAUUCAAAUAUGUUAAACAUGAAACGGUUGAAACUUUGUAACCAUUUUUGAAGUAAUUUAUGUACACAAAAAUAUGAAUUUUUGAAAACUGAAUGGCAUUGCAAUAAUUUUAAUUUACUUGAAUGUUUAAAAAAAAAAAUGCUGAUUUUGAGAAGAAUACUGAUUUUACAUACAUAAAGCAAUGUUUUAAGGAUUAUGAAGUACUUUCAUUUAUUGAAAUAUACAAUGCUAUGAAAGUGGUAACAAACACUGCACUUUGUUUUAAAAGAAGUUGUGUUCGGAAAGAUUACUGAAUUUAAACAGUUAUUUGACAAAGCAAAGUAAGAAAGGAUUGUAAAUUCUAAUGCGCUUUGCAGAAUUUAAAUGAUAUUUUGAAACUGAAAGUGAAAUUGAUCUUUUACAAAACUAAAAAGCUUAGAUGAUUUGAUAUGAAAUGGUUUUGUAUAAUGCAUUUGGCAUAUAUGUUAUGCUGGUAUAAAAAUCGAUUAUUACUUGUGUUUUUGGAAAUAGUGUUAUGAAAGCUUAGUCAAUGCUUUGAAAGUAAAUUUCUUUAACGGAUGUAAUUCAGGUUCCCUUAAUUUCAUCUUAAGGUGGGGGAUAUUGUCAGGAAAGAAAUUUAAUUAUAGAGUAUUUCAGUUGAGUUCAGACAUGUGUUUAAAAUAUUUACUUGGUCCAGCUUAUGGAAGGCCUAUAGACAAUUGUAUAUGUACAUAUGUUUUGAAUGUUUCAAAAGCAAGCGUUGGGAACGUUUGAUACCCCCCCCCCUAGAGUCCAAGAUCAGGUGGAUGUCAUAUUUUGUUCAAGUGUUAGACAUAUUUCGUACUAGCUAAGCAUCUUCAUACAGGUGUCAUAAAUAGUUAAUACUGUGCUUUAGCAUUGAAGAAUGUAGAUGUACAGAUGCACAGGAAGUCUUUUUGUUAUUAAGAAUGUGUUGCUUUAUGCACUCAUCUGCUAUAAAAAUUCUUUGAAUUACGUUAUAGAAAUUUUACAGUUAUUCCUAGUAACGGUAGGGUAUAUUAGGAGGUUAGUUUCAAUAAUUCAAGGAGAACCACCUAAGCUAGAAUAGACUACAGACGUUCGUAUAGGCAGUCUAAGUUAUAACUGAAGGGACUACGUCGGUGACGAGAUAACGACCCCAGCUGCCACCGGUUCUCCACCGACAUGUUUUCGUCAAAACUCAUGUCAUCAUUGGGGGCUCGAUCCCGUCCACUAAUUCGUUGAAGCCACAUCUCUGAUCUGGGGGUUACUCAUCAAAGGGGCAACACAGUCUGCGGAGGCCGAGGCCGAGUGGAAGAGACAUCGCUAGCUGCGGAGGCCAGGAACUGGACCGACCACCAGGGCCGAGUGGGGCAUGUCAGGCCAGAUGAGACGAUGGGGGCUAGAGUCAACGAUUACCGUUAAGUUAAGUUGUAUUUUGUUUUAUCCAUGUACAUUUUCAUGUACAAAUUAUUGUAAAACCAUCAAAAGAGAACAUCAGAAAGAUUGAAGAGAUAUGAUUAAAUCUUUUUAAUAACUGUA